UUGGCGGCUGUGGGGAGGCGGGGAGGGGAGGUAGCGGGCCGCGGUGUAAACAGUCAAGUGUCAAGUGGUGCGUGGGUCAGGCGCGUGCCAACACCUCCCCGGCUUGGUUAAUGAAAUGAGUGAAGAGUGUUAGUGUUGGUGUAGUUGUGUAAUGGAGAUGGAGGAAACCAUAGUUGAGGAGUGGCUUAGGUCCCUCCACAUGGAGCAGUACGCUGAAUCUUUCAUCGACAACGGCUACGAUGACCUAGAGAUAUGCAAACAGAUCGGUGCUCCCGACCUGGACGCUAUCGGUGUAGUGAACCCAGGUCAUCGAACUACCUUGCUGAAUGCUAUCUUGCUGCUACGGGAGGAGGGUGCUGCCUCUGUGUACUUCACGGUGGAGGAGGCGCAGCUGGCAGCCCGCGACCACACAACCCUCCGUAACUCCAGUGGGUCGCGAGGCCGCUCCUCUCGUUCCUCCAGAGGCUCUCGUGGGUCAGGCUCGACAGCCUCUACCCCUGGUGAACCUCCGGCCUCCUUGACCCUGCCCAUGACCUCGACCACAACGCCGGCCCGUUAUUUGGACGCGUACGAGGCCGGGAGGGCAGAGCUAGUGAGGCUCCCUCACACGCAGCUCAGCGGACUCCUGAAGGAGAGGCUGGUGCAGGAUGCUGUUGACCUGGCCACACACCCCUACACCACACAGAUCUGGACACAACACCAACUUGUAGCUCAUAUUGACCUCUCCCGUGUCCGCAGAUCUGGACACAACACCAACUUAUAG